AUGGAAGGGUCUCAGGGCCAGUCUGGCCAGCAGCAGCAGCAGCCCAUGGUACAACCUCAGCAACACUCCAAUCUGAUCCGGACCGACCAGGUACAAAAGCUACCGCACUUGAAUGAUCAGCAGAAGGCCCAGCAUACGCAGCUGGUGCGCAACCUCUGGGAGUCUCUAAAUACCCGCGACCCACAGAGCCAUGAUUAUCAGACCGCCCAUAUGAAACUCACUCAGCUGUCUCAAAACCUCAUGAAGGGAAUGCGCAUGUUUCAGCAGAACCUCCAACAGAACCGGCAGGUGCUCCAGCAUCAAGCCCAGGCAGCAGCUGCGGCGCAGCAGCAGGGACAACCAGGGCAGCCAGGGCAGCCCGUGCAACGACCGCAGUCGAACAACCCACAAAAUUUGUCCCAGCUUCUUCCCCAGAUUUCAGCCAAAGUCAGCUCGUUGAACUUCUACCUCCCGCCGAACGUCACGCAGGAACAAGUGCAGACAUGGAUUCCAGAGGCUCGGUUGCGCUAUGGAAUCGCGCUUCAGAAGCAGGAGGUGGGCCGUGCUCGAAUGGCAGAAGUACGAGGCCAAUUUAAUACCCGACAGGCUGCAGGAAAUAUGACACAAGAAGAAGUGCAGGACCUCAAGAACCGACAGUUAGCGGCGGAGAAGCUGUUCCGAGAGGGAAGCGAUUUCUUGACCAAGUUCAAGGAACAGCAAGAAAGCUUCAAAAUCCAGGCGCAGCAGAAUCAGCAGAUGAGUCAACAAGCACAGUCAACAAUCGCUCCUCCUGCGCAGGUUGCUACUCCUGUGGCGCCGCCAGUGCCAGCGGCCGCGCCUCCACCAGCGCCAAAUACUCAACCCGGCAAUGUGACGAACGCCAUGCCAGGCCAGGCGCCGACCCCAGCACCACACACUAUCAAUUCGGCCGUUAAUGCCGCACGUAAUCAAGCUGGACAGGCAAUGUCUCCCUCGACCUCCCAACCGGGACAAGCACCACAAACCUCUUCCGGCGGCACCACCCCCGUACCUCCGAAUGCUCAACCGCCUGGCCAGCGACCUCAACCGCCAUCGCAGCAGGGAACUCCAGGUGCUCAAAUCACCUUCAGUCAAACUCCCAAUCCCGAUGGAUCCACUCCGACGCCAACAGGUGCCCCGCAAAUGCCACAGGGACCACCACGCCCGUUAUCACAUCAAGUUGCUGUUCAACAAGCUGCCAACUACAACACCGCGAAUCAGGGCCAGUCGAACCAACAAAACAUCAACCAGGCUGCAAAUAAUCAGGGUCAUCCUCCAGGCUAUCUAGCAAAUCGAUCUACCGAGGCGUCCACUCGCAAUAUCAACAUGGUCAUCCCCAAGAACCUGAAUGUCUCAACACCAGAGCCCGUCCCCAUGCCUGCUCCCCGACCCUCCAUGUCCGGCGGCCCUGGCCACAGCCAGAUGGGCAUGAUGGGUCAGCCCGCUAUUCAAAAGCACCCAGGAUACGUACUUGAGGGUGAAGGUCAACAUGUGCUCAGCAAGAAGAUGCUCGACAUCCUCGUGCGCCAGGUCACCGGCGGCGGUGAGGGCGAAAUGCUGACCCCUGAUGCAGAAGAAUUCAUGCUGCAAAUGGCAGACGACUUCGUCGACGACGUGAUAUCUCAGGCCUGCCGCCUCGCCAAGCUGCGCCCGUCAUCGACCCUCGAGAUCCGCGAUAUCCAGCUUAUCCUCGAGCGCAACUAUAACAUGCGCAUCUCGGGCUUCGCCACUGACGACCUCCGCACUGUCAAGAAGCCUCAGCCUACCCAGGGCUGGCUACAGAAGAUGUCCGCCAUCCAAGCGGCCAAGGUCACACAGGGCCGGAAUGAGUAG